AUGGAUCCUGAAAAGGAAUUCAAGAAGGGCCAAAAGGCUAUGUCGACAGGAGUUUUUAAAUGAAAGUCCGAUCUCCCUCAAGCAGCAAUCCACUUUGAAAACGCAGCAAAGGCUUAUGAAACCAUGAGAAAUUACUUCGGAGCAGUUCAAGCAUAUGAAAAACUUGCUCAAGCGAACGAGAAAAUGAAUGAGUAAGCUCUAAUUAGCAUGUGGGCAGCUGGAAGAGUAUAUGAAAGUCUCUCAAUUUUGCAGCUGAGAAAUGACCAUGUCAAAGAAGCUGUAGAAAACACCGAAAAAGCAGCUGAGCUAUUCAGAAUCAAUGGAAACAGUGAGAAAUCUCUCAGGAUGUACAUCUUUAUGGGAACAGAAGCUCUUAAUAAAGGACUAAUUGAGUUGGCUUGUAGGAUGUUUGCCCUGGCUCUAAAUCUAGUUAAUGACGAUCAAUUGCAAAUGUUCGCCCGAGAUGUGAUCACACCCUAUGUUGGGCUUCUUAUAGAAAACAGGAAAUAUGCGGAUGCUAUGAUUGUGUAUGAGAAAGAGCUUAAAUUUGCCCAGAACUUGAACAGGGAUCAUUAUAUGAAUAAAGCUGCAUUUUGUAUAGUGGCUUUAACACUUCUAAACAACCCUAGUUUAUGUGAAGGGAAAUUCAGAGAAAUGUGCUCAGCGGUGCAGCCGUUUAUUAUGUCAAUGGAAUACCAGGCUAUCACAGAGCUCUUGGAUGCUUAUGAGGCAGGAAAUCAAGAAGACUAUGAUAAGGCAGCGAGAAAAGCUGUUUGGAAUAAUGUUGAAGUACAGGUAUGGUUUAUUUAGCUCACAAGAGGGAUUAGAAACAUUAAAGUACCAGUUGGAGGACAAGUCGUUGUGGAUGAAGAAAAGGAUCUUGAUUUCACUUAA